GUCAGUUCUGUGUGCGAGACAGGCAGAGCGGCGUGCGCCUGGCGAGACAAAGGCGGCGGACCAGGGAACAGCCGGGAUAAAUAUCCAGAUACAAUUGUCGGGAGGUAUCUGCAUGGAAAUAUAAUGAUAGACUACGAACCGAUGCAAAGAUUGACGGGCCGCUAAAUGACCUCGACAUUCGUCUGGAAUAGGAUCUUAUAAACAGCCUGUCCCUUCUCUUUCGUUUUUAAACAUUUUCUCCAACGCCCCCAAUUUAGCGAGCUAGCUACUAGAUAGCAUUAGCGCACUGGUCGCCACUCAUCUUUCCUUCAAGAAUCAAAAGAGAGGAACUCCAUAAAAUUGGGAGGUUGCCAAAAGAAAAGAGCGCUUUGCACACAGACGACCCAAGAGCUGAUGGUCAUCCUCGUGGACUAUGCCUAGCCCCUUAUUCCACCCCGAGAUUAUGGACCACGACAUGGUAGUGAGCAGCCAGCACAACGGGGUCAGCCUGCCGCGAGAGACGGACCAGGAGUCCCGGGACGAGGACCAUCAGGAGGCGCUCCGCUUCGCCCUGGACCAGCUGUCAUUUAUGGCCCUGGAGAAGGUGGACUGUGGGGGCGGUGGUGGGCUCGUUGACACGCUCGACGGGAACCAGGGACCGGGCUCCGAGAAUUGCAACGGCGGUUAUGUCGACCUGCAGAUGCUGGAGCACCAAGGAGGCUCUCGGGACUCCCCGACAUCCUGCUCCCCGUCUCCAGAGUACUAUGGAUCAGGCGGGUACCACAUGGCUGGCCCGCACUCUCACCCCAUGCUCGGGGAACAAAGCUCUGUUCUCUGCAAUCGCAAGAGGAGUGUCAACAUGACAGAAUGCGUACCUGUGCCCAGCUCCGAACACGUUGCUGAAAUAGUGGGAAGACAAGGCUGUAAGAUCAAGGCACUGCGUGCGAAGACCAACACCUACAUAAAGACCCCAGUGAGGGGCGAGGAGCCCGUGUUCAUCGUGACAGGGCGCAGGGAGGACGUGGAGAUGGCCAAGCGGGAGAUCGUCUCUGCGGCUGAGCACUUCUCCAUGAUCCGGGCAUCCCGCUGCAAGGCUGGGGCCGCGGGCACAGGAGCACCCGGGACAGGGGGAGCACUCCCCGGACCCCCACACCUGCCUGGACAGACCACCAUACAGGUGCGGGUGCCGUACCGCGUGGUGGGGUUAGUGGUGGGGCCAAAGGGGGCGACCAUCAAGCGCAUCCAGCAGCAGACACACACCUACAUCGUGACGCCCAGCAGGGAGAAGGACCCCGUGUUCGAGGUGACAGGCAUGCCUGAGAACGUGGACCGAGCCCGGGAGGAGAUCGAGACGCACAUCACGCUGCGGACCGGGGCCUUUGUGGACCUCCAGGGAGACAACGACUUCCACACUAACGGAACCGACGUCAGCCUAGAGGGCCUGGGCUCGCUGGCUGGGGGACUGGGCGCCGCUCUCUGGGCUCGGGCCAACAACCCCCACCCUGCCCCUCCACCCCCGCCUCCCCCUCCACCACCCCCGCUCCCCCUGGCCAUGCACCACUCGUCUGGGAGGAAGCUGUCCUCCUUGGCCGCCUACCACCAACACAACGGAGGGAUGGGCUCUGAGAGCUACAGUGCCCCCAGGAGGGCCACUGAGGGAGGCAGCCCCACCAGCCCAUUCUGCACAAGCUCCAGCAACGCCGGCGGAGGAGGGGGGUUCACCUUCGGGGGCGACUCCACCCCGGGCCUCCCCUCUGAGGAGCUGGGCUUUGAGUUCAGCGCCGCAAACAUCUGGGCCCCUUUUGUCAACGGAGGAGGGAAGAUCCCAGGCACCUCUCAGAAGCAGCCUCUCCGCCGAAACAGCAGCGGCCUGAGUGGCGGCGCCGUCACCCCCCGCCUGUCCCCCACCCUGCCCCCCGACACCGUGGUGGGACCCCUGGAUCAUCCACUGGCUCGUCGGGCCCAGAGCGACCCGCUCAGCACCCUCUCCUGGCUGCAGUCGGGCGGUGCCGGUGCAGGGUCCUUCUCUGGAGCAUCUAGCUCCAGCUCCGGAGGCUCAUCCACCGGCUACUCCUCCUGCUCAGCCUCCUCCCUGCCCGGAGGCUCUCCCACAGACUCAGAGGGCGGGGGCAGCGGAGUGGGCCUGGGCUCAGGCAUGCUGGGCCGGCUGAAAGCCGCGGCAGGCUCUGGUGCUGGGGGUCUGGUUGGCAUGGGGCCAGGGGGCGUGAGCAGGGACUGCUUUGUGUGCUUUGAGAGCGAGGUGACAGCGGCUCUGGUGCCAUGCGGCCACAACCUGUUCUGCAUGGACUGCGCCGGACAGAUCUGCCAGUCCGCUGAGCCUGAGUGCCCUGUCUGCCAUUCCACUGCCACACAGUGCAUCCGUAUCUUCUCCUAAUAGCCCCCCCUCACCCACCCGAAGACAAGGGAGGGGAGGGGGACAGAGGAGGGGGCGAGAGGGGUAGGGGUGUCAUCUUAAAAAACAGAACUUUACUGUCUUACUAUCCGAGAGAACUGCAGUGGAGCAUCAACUGUGGCAGGACAGACGGACACCAACAACUUUCUCUGCAUAUAGGAUGGACCAUAAUGAUUACAAUAUUAGAAAUAUGACACUAUACGGAUGUUGAUUCAAUGAUAAUAACUAUGACAAUAAUAAUAAUGAUAAUGAAAACAUUUCCAGACUGACUGAUUUUGAUUGAUUCUGCGGACUGCAGAAACAGUUGGGUGGGAUCAAGAGGUUUCAUGGUGGACUUGUAUGGAAGGAAACCAGUGUCUUAUCUUUCUUCAGGCUUUCGUUCUGACCUGGACCAGCCUUCAGGCCUGGCCUAGCUCAGCAUCUAGGUUGCCAGCCUGUCUGUCUGUAUAGUUUUCAUUCUCUCGCUUCUUUUUCUUCUUCAGAUAUCUCCGCCUGCUUCUCUCACAAGCCUUUCCUUUGACACUUUUGUACUUAAUAACAGAUAUUUUUGAACGGAGCUGCCUAGGCCUGCACUUUUCUACUCAGUUUUCUUUUCGAUGUUCUUUGACAGGAUGCAAAACGCAGUUUUUCUGGUCUUCUGAGUUCUCCUGUUCUUUUUUUUCCAGCUCUCUCUCGCCAUCUCUCCUCUCUCUCUCUGAUUCAGAGGGGUUGGGUUAAAUGCGGAAGACACAUUUCAGUUGUACAACUGACUAGGUCUCUCUCGCUCUCUGGCUAGCUAGUGUAGUAACAUAAAGGAAAUGCUUUGGUAUGAGCCUGGAACUGACUUUAAAACAGGCACAGAGACACCUAUCAGACAGAAACAAGCCAGAAGGCCCUCUCCUAGAUCUUAUGAAGAUUGAAACACUUAAGAUAUUUAUACUGUUCAAAAACUGAUAUCCAAUGUUGUGGUUUUAAUGAGUAGUAUAGGAAUAAUAGAAUGGUGUUACGUUAUUUAAGGAAUAUCAGAACUAAUGCCAGAGGUCAGUUACUCAGUCCCCCUUGGUCCGUCUUUCUCUCAACCCCUCUCUCCUCUCGCGCUCUCCCUCUCCACCCCCUCUCUCUCCUUCAAUAGUGCCAGUCUCUUCCUCUCUCUCUUCCCCCUGUGGAGCUCAGUGUAGACACCUAGCCAUCCACAACCCAGUCCACACAGAUCCUGUAUCUGUUAGUUUGCUUUGGAGUGUUAAUGUAUUUUUUAAAUGGGUCUUUGGCUUUUGACUGUAAAGUAUGUUGCCCCUGACUCCCUCCUCUCUGAACUGCAUUGUUGAAGUCAAAUAGGAUAAGAUGGGUCUUGGUGAUGUCACACACACAGGAAUGUCUCAUCCAAUAGGGGUCUUGGUCUUGGUUAAGGGGGGGUGGCCCGCCCCCAGUAUUAGGGGCAUCAGAAUUAGCCAUCUCUGUGCCCUGCAAACCUUGAGCGACACAUUGUAAUGUUAUUAGACCCCCCCUCCUCCUUGGGGUCCUCGAUUGAGUGAUUUUUGGUCUUCCCCGCCUCAACUCCCCCAGCAAAGCUCUUUGUCUCCUAGUCCAACCUGGAUCACCCCUCCCAAGUGGCAGUGUCAUCCUGGGAGUUCUAUUUUGUGUUUCUAUUUUUGUGUGUGUAUUUUCAUAUCAACUGCCUCUCUCAUACUGUGUUUUUAAGUGUGACAUGGUUGGUUUUGGUGUGACGGUACAUGGUUGUUAAAUGCAGCCCUCUGAACGUACAUGCGGAUCGACUCAUAGAAUGAGACAAGCCAUGGCAAACAAAAUCAAAACAAUGAAUGGGAGAGAAAAAAGGGCUUCCUUGCACACAUGCUACAUUCUCAGAUGUUAACCUUCUCAUCUGUGACAACAGCGAGAAUAAUCAAUUUAUCCAAUAUGGCAGCUAGUAGCUAGUUCAUCCAGGGCUUCCAGACACUCUGUGUUCAAACCCCAACAGCUGCAGAAUGUGUUGCUUGUUCUUUUCUCUCUGGUCUACAUCUAUAGAACACUGGUCAACCCUGUCAGUACCGUUCAUGUCCAUCGCCUGUGAACGAAUGAACAGAAGGCUCUGUUCCAAUACUUUUCAAAUGCAGCAUCCUUUUCUACCCUCACACCUUCAGGUACUAUCCACUGAUCUACCAUGUGUGGACAGGUGAAAGCAGGUUCUCUACUGGAUUUUUCUCAAUAACGUCACUUCAGAUCAGUGACUACCUUCAGGGAGGAAGGAAAGGAUGUAGGGCAGCAGGGAGCCUAGCAGUGAGAGCGUUGGGCCAGUAACCGUAAGGUUGCUGGUUCAAAUACCCGAGCCGACAAGGCGAAAAAAUCUGAUGUGCCCU